UUUAAUAGACAAUUUUUUUUCCCACAAGUCCUCUGCCUCUCUCUCUCUCUCUCUCUCUCUCUCUCUCUCUGUGCAUAUUCCUCGCAUCUUUGGGAAUUCAAAAUUCCCAAUCCGUCAAAUCGAAAAGGAGGAAUUUCGAAUUCCAUUAUAAAGUUUCUAAAUUUUUUCCCCAAAUUUAAAUUUUUUUUCUAUUGUGAUUUUCCACUAAAUCUGAGGAUAUUUUCAAUUUCGGAGACGGAAAAGAAACGUCCGGUAGCUGCGGAUCUGGCCGUGAGCAUCGUUACCGGAGGGAGAUAAACAGUUUUCUAAUAAAUGCUGGGUUUGGAAAUUGUUUAUGUCCGGUCAUAAUCGCAAUUCGCAAUUCGAUUCAAUUUUGUGAUUUUGAGGGUUUGGGGGAAUAUUGAUGAAGGGCGGGAUGAUAGAAUGCAGUGUGUGCCACUCAAAGUUGGUUUCACCGACCACUAAAUCAUUUUCAAGGGCUUAUGACCGGCACAAGAGCAGGGUAUCAUCCAAGCAACGUGCGCUCAAUAUCCUCUUGGUUGUUGGUGAUUGUGUCCUAGUUGGUUUACAGCCUAUUCUGGUUUAUACGUCCAAGGUGGAUGGAAAAUUCAAGUUUAGCCCAAUUAGUGUUAACUUUUUGACGGAGAUUGCAAAGGUUCUCUUUGCUGUUGUUAUGCUUUGUAUCCAGGCUAGAAAUCAGAAAGUUGGGGAGAAGCCUCUUCUAUCAAUUUCCUCAUUUGUGCAGGCGGCUCGAAAUAAUGUGCUUCUUGCUGUUCCUGCACUUUUGUAUGCUAUUAAUAACUAUCUGAAGUUCAUUAUGCAGUUAUAUUUCAACCCUGCAACUGUGAAGAUGCUCAGUAAUUUGAAGGUUUUGGUUAUUGCAGUUUUGUUGAAGAUAAUAAUGAAACGCCGGUUUUCGAUAAUUCAGUGGGAAGCCCUUGCUCUUUUGCUCAUCGGAAUUAGUGUAAAUCAAAUGCGUUCAUUACCCGAAGGGACCACUGCUUUGGGUCUUCCAGUUGCAACUGGUGCAUACGUUUACACAUUGAUCUUUGUAACUGUUCCUUCUUUGGCCUCUGUCUACAAUGAGUAUGCUUUGAAGAGCCAAUAUGAUACUAGCAUUUACCUCCAGAACCUAUUUUUAUACGGGUAUGGUGCUAUAUUCAACUUUCUAGGAAUACUGGGAACUGUCAUUGUAAAAGGUCCUGGUAGCUUUGAUAUACUGCAAGGUCAUUCUAAAGCUACUAUGCUUCUGAUAGCUAACAAUGCAGCCCAAGGAAUUCUGUCCUCCUUUUUCUUCAAAUAUGCAGAUACGAUUUUGAAGAAAUACUCGUCCACAGUUGCCACAAUCUUUACUGGCAUUGCAUCUGCUGCAUUGUUUGGCCAUACUUUGACCAUGAAUUUUAUGUUAGGGAUUUCUAUAGUGUUCAUCUCGAUGCACCAGUUCUUUUCACCCCUUUCAAAAGUCAAAGAUGAACAAAAUGGGACGGUGGAACUGUUAGAAGCCCGUGAUAAUCAUAGAUCAAAAGAUUCCUUUAUAAAUAUGACCGCUGGAGCAAAUGAAGAGGCUAGUCACCGUGUGGGACCUGAUGAGAGGCAGCCACUUCUGCCUACUUAAAGUUAGUUGGAGUGUGUUGCUGCUCCUUACUCGAUGUUGUAGUUAUCUCAUGAAUUUUCUUUGAACCAAUUCUUUUGGCAAGGACAGAUAGGAUGAAUACAAAGGUUGAGUGAGAUUCUUCAAUCACUGAAUAAAGGACUGAGGAGAAAAUACAUUUCUACUUCUUUGGGAUCCCUUUCCUACUUCACAGGGUUUCCCUAAGUUGCAUUAUAUAAAAAGCGUUACAUAAAAGAACUCAAAAGUACACAUGACGGUGAGUUAUUUGGAUUUCUUUCGGUUGAAGAUUUAGAUAGAGAAGUAGCAAGCAACAUUUGGUGGCACCAUACACAGUUGUUGGUUCCCGCCUGUUUUUAGCUUACCGAUGUGGUUUCACCAGUGUUCUUUUGUAUUCUUUAUCUUACUUAGACCAGUCUCAGAAUAUAUAUUUUUUUCUUUUCAAUUUCUUCUUAAUAUAAGGCCUUUUUUCUUUUUUUUUUCUUUUUUGUUUUUUGGCCCCCCUUUAUAGAAUUAGGAUGUCAAAUUUUGAUAGAAGACUUCUACCAUAAGAAGAUGUCACAAUUUUUUGUCCCUACUUGUUAUGAAUUGUUAUUUAAGUGUACUUUUAAGUGAUGUAAUUAGAGAAAUUCUCAAUUAUAUGAUCAAUCAAGAUAUAUCAAUUGCACGGAAUUUAAAUUUCA